AUGAGGAAAGGAACCAAAAAAUAAACUAAAAAACAAUCACAAUUGCAAUCAAUAGACGAAUACAAAUUAAUCAAUAUUUUUGGUAUCAAUCACGAUAUAUAUGUAGACAUGAUGGAAGACCCAGACAUGAAAUAGUUUUAAGUAAUAUUAAAAUUAGAAGAUCAAUUACAAGAAAGUAGUUAGAUUGUAUUAUUAAGCUUUCUUAAUUUCUACUUGAAAUUAGUUGGUUUAGAUUAAUGUAAUCAAUAUUUAAAGGGAAUGAAUUUGGAGAAAAUCAAAUUAGAAGAAAUCAUUAACAAAUUAGAACAACUAUAAACAGAAAAUCAAUAAACUCUAAUAGAUGAGGAAUAAUGCCUAAAAGUAGAGAAUAAUAAAAAGCUUAUCAAUUUUUUUGACACCUUAUUCUCAACACAAACAGAAUUGCCUUUCGAAUGUGAUCAUUUCUUUUAGUACACCUUUAAUUGGUUGGCAACAUUGUCAUAAACCAAAUUCAGGACUGCAAGAUUAGCAGCAAUUGAAAUUAUUUCAAUAAUUACGACUUCCAUACUUAAUUGUUUAGAAAUAAAUGAGAAUAAAGACAAACAAAAAGAGAUUCUGUAAUUUAUUAAUAAUAUUUUUGAAUACUUAGUUACAAAUAGAACUCAGGAUGUUUAAUCUGCAAUCAAAAAGAAAUCAAUACAAAUCCUUUUUAGCGCUUUUUUAAAUAAUUCAAUUCCAAAUGAUCCAUACCAUAAUUAAUUAGGCUAUCUAUUUUUAAGUGAAAAUCACGAGUGUAGAGAAGCAUCCAUGAUAGAGCUAGAAAAGAUUUAUAAGCAUUUAGUAGAGAGAAAAAAAUCAUUAGAAACUGUUCUUGAAUUUUUGAAGGGGGAAUAAGAAGCAAUUUUGAGUCUAAUCUUUGAUCCAAAUGAAAGUGUUUAAUUAAGAUUGAUCAAUUUUUUAAAAGCAUUAUCUUAAUCUACAAAAAUUAAUUCGAAUUUCUUUGGUCCUAAAACUUGUUAGGCAUUUAUUCGAAUACUAUUUUCAAAAAAUUUAAGAAUUAGGUAUGAUUCAACUUCAAUCUUGCAUUUGUUUGAAAAGCCCAUUAAAUCAGUUGAAAAAUUGGUUGAGUUUUAUUUGAAAUAUGCUCCAUUUGAACUAUAAAGUUAUGAGGAAAGUUUCAACUUUAUUAUCUCAUUCAUCCACAGUCACCCAUUUGUUACUUCACCUGAUUAAUAUGCAGCAUUCUUUGAUAGCAAUUAAGGAGAAAUAUUUUAGAGUUUAGGAUUAUAUUUUUAUGCAUCCCUUUUGCAAUAUGAAUUUAAAUAUACGAAAUUUUGGUGGUUGGAAGAAUCUUAUGGACCUCCUUAAUAUAAUGAUGCAUUCACAAAUUAUCUUAUUAGCAAUACAAAAGUUUCAUUAGAUUUGAUAGAUGAAAACUUAUAGUUGCCAUACUUACACAUAUUUGCGAAUCUGAAUUUUAAAAUUAUACAAAGUAAAUUUAUUAAGUCAAUUCUUGGAUGUAUAUAGAAGAUUUUUUAAAAGAGUUAGAAUAUUUAAGUUAUCAAUUAAUUAUGCAAAAUGGUAUAUAAUUGUAGUUAGGUGCUUUAAGAUUCUGAGAUGGUAAAGGAAAAUGUGAAAGAAAUAAUUAAAUACUCUUAAAAGAUAUUUAAGGAGAAAUUAACACUAAUUACAAUUCAGAAGAUUGAAUGUUUAAUUAAAAACAAUUUGGCGAAUGCAAAGAUGAUUUUGAAUCCCUUUAAUUAGAUUUUUGAAAUCAAAGAAGACAAGAGUAUAGUAAUUGUAGCUAACUUACUUGCAUCAAGUUUAUAAAAUUACUUAAAAGUUUUAUUAAAUCAAAUGAAGAAUUAAGACAUUGAGACUGAAAGUGAUUACAAGGAGAUACGCGAAUCCUUUUAUAACUAUUGUUUUUCAAUUUUAGAAAAUAGAAACAAAGAGAGAUUUCAUCUCUAAAUUUUCCAAUUAGUUAUUACUAAUUUGAUCUAUACAAAUAAUUUUAAAUUAUAACGCUUAGGCUUACAUCAAGAAAUUCAAACGUAAACCUAUUCUUUGCUCUAUAUAUAUUUGCAUGAAUUUCUUUUUACAGAAUUAAUUAGACAGUCCAACAGGGAGGAAGACAAUGUGAAUGAAAUAAAAAGAAGAACCACACAUUCUAUGAUAGAGAACUUACCUUAGUUGAGUGUUCAAUAAAUGGAAUUGCUUAAUAAUUCUAUCAAAUUAAUUAACUAAUGCCCUUCGAUUUUAUUGAAUAAAGAAUUUGGAAUUCAGUAUUUAGCCUAAAUACUGGAAUUAAUGAAAAAUCACACGUACAUUAGAGAUUUAAAAAUAUCAAUUACUUAAGCUCUUUCAUAAUCAUUAUAGAAGGUUAUUGAGAAUGAUCAAGUAUCAAGAAGGGAUGAAUUUUGGAAAUUUAUGAAAAUCUAUUCAUAACACAAAUAAUAAUCGUAAUCAGAUGAUUUGUUCAAUGAGUUUGUUAAGUUGUGUAUCAACACCUAUUUAGCAUCAGUAAAUAAGUUGAAUGUAUUUGAGAAGAGAAUGAAAUUUAUUAAUAAUUGCGCAGAAAUGAUACAAGCAGGAUUUUAAGAUAUUGAUAAUUUGCAUCUAUUUGGAUUGUUGAAUUUCAUAUUUCACAAACCUUCAAAACUCUUAAAGGUUUUGUAGAUAGAUAAAAUAACUUAUCAAAAGUUUUAUGCAUUUUAUGAAUCUAAAAGUUAAGAAUUUCAUUAAAGUAAUAGACCUGAAGAUUUUAAGAAAGAAGCAACGAAACAGGAAUAUUCAUUUAGAAAUAAAUUAAAAUAGUCAAGUGGUUUAACAAAGAAGGAUGUCAAUAAAAUGGUGAAUUAAGCUUAGAAAAGUGGUUAGAAGGAGAGUGGAGAUAAAACAAGUGAUAAAUUGAGCAUAGAAAAAGGAAUAAAAAAUAAUGAAAAAGAGAAAAAAUAAUAGUAAUAAUAAUAAGAUUCUGAUAAUGAUGAAGAAAUGGAAAUUCCUUUUUCAAAAUCUAUGAUUAAAUGA